AUGGCCCGCAUAUGGCCGAAAAGCAGUCUCCUAAAUGUACACGCCGAGCCUGAAAAGGAUCCUGCGCCCCUCGAUCCAACAUAUCUCGUCAAAUGGGACCAGGACGAUAAAUCGAACCCCCAAAAUUGGACUCCGCGGUACAAAUGGUGGGUGACAUUCCAACUGGGCAUGCUUGCAUUGGCAGGUAGUCUAGGGUCAAGCAUCACCACGCCGGCCGAUGAUACCAUCGCGGAGUAUACUGGUGUGAGCAGCGAGGUUGGCGUGUUGGAUGUGUCGCUGUAUAUCCUUGGCUUCGUCUUUGGCCCUAUCAUCUGGGCUCCUCUUUCAGAAAUUUGCGGCCGAAGAAUCAGCAUGCUCCCCGCUCUCUUUUGUCUAGCAUUAUUCUCCAUCGGCACUGGCGUAAGCACCAGCGCAGCCUCUGUGUUUGUCACGCGCUUUUUUGCAGGGUUUUUCGGCUCCGCUCCUAUCAGCAAUGUCACCGCCGCUCUGGGUGAUAUAUGGAGCAAAGAGACCCGCGGGACAGCAAUAAGCCUCUAUUCAGUGGCAGUAAAUGGCGGUCCGGCGUUAGGCCCAGUGAUUGGCGCGGCGAUCAUGUUGAAUCCUCAUAUGGGCUGGCGCUGGACUGCAUAUAUCCAUGCAAUCUGGGUCUUUGUCGUUUUCACCUUGACUUUCUUCUGUCUACCAGAGGUAUAUCCGCUGGUACUACUCAAGCGCAAAGCUCAGCGGCUUCGGAAAGAUACUAAUGAUCCGAGGUUUUAUCAUCCGCAUGAACAUUUGAAACUUGAUGUGAAAUCUGUCCUCACGAAACAGCUCGCCCGCCCAUUGAGAAUGCUGUUUACCGAGCCGAUUGUCGCAUGCAUUGCUUUCUAUGCCUCCUUUGUCUACGGAGUCAUGUACCUAACCCUUGAGGUAUUUCCAAUUGCAUUCCAGCAAUCGCGAGGUUGGAAUCGGCUUGUCGGCUCUUUACCGUUCUUGGGGUUGUUGAUUGGCGUCAUAUCCUCGGUGGGUCUCAAUAUCUGGAAUCAAUAUCGCUAUAAUCAAAUAUCCAGAGCGGCAAAUGGGAAAGCAGUGCCUGAAGCCCGACUUCCACCUAUGGCAUUCGGGGCGGUAUCCUUUGUCGUGGGGCUUUUUUGGUUUGCUUGGACCGCCGAACCCCCUCACCACUGGAUCCUGCCAUGCCUGGCAACUGUCUGCAUAGGAUUUGGUUUCAACUGCAUUUUCCAACAGUGUUUGAAUUUCUUAAUUGAUGUAUACAAGAUAUAUUCUGCUAGCUCCACGGCGGCUAUCACAUUUCUUCGAAGUCUGUUGGCUGCCGGACUUCCCUUGGCAGCCAAGCCGAUGAUUAAAGCUUUGGGGAUAGGGCCUGCUGUUUCGAUUGUGGGAGCUGUGGCUGCAGCUCUAUUGCCGGUACCCUUCUUGUUUAUGAAAUUUGGCCCAAAGCUGCGGGGAUUAUCAAAACUUGCGCCUGAGGAUUCCUAG